AUGGCUCGUCCUCCCCCGGACCCCGUGUUCACACUGCGGGGGUCCUCGGCCUCCGUCAACACCCUCCACUUUGACUGCGCGGAGGCAGGGCGUCCUCUGCUGUACUCGGGAUCAGAAACCGGUCUGGUUCACGUGUGGAACCUGAACACUCGGCGAACAGAGCGGGUUUUAGACGGUCACGCUGGAUCUUCAGUGCUCUGGGUCAGAACCGUCUGCUCCACCAACACCCUCCUCAGUCAGGGCCGGGACAUGCGAGUGUGUGUGUGGGAUCUGAACCAGGGGCGCGGCGCGGUAACACACUCCGUCCACACGGGGAGCGUCGGCUUCUGCCGGUGUUCCCUCCUGGAGGAGGAUGGAGGGAGAGCGCUGCUCGCACUUCCUGCCGAAAACAUGGAGGGGAUAAAGGUGAUGGAGUUGACCUCUCAUACAGAAAUCUGUUCUUUGAUCCCGGAGACCAAACACGGGAUGCUGAUGUGCAUGAAGAUGUGGCAGGCCGACUCCGGUCCUCUGCUGUGUGCCGGUUAUGAAGACGGCUCCCUGGUGAUUUGGGACGUGUCCCAGAGACGUCCUCUAAGCAGUCUGAAGGUCCAUCCCGAACCGGUCAUGUGUCUGGACUUUGACGUGGGCAGGCAGAAAGGCGUCUCGGGUUCCUCGGAGAACAUCCUCAGCGCCUGGACCCUGGACGGGCAACAGAACCUUCAGAUGCAGGCCUCGGUGACGCUGACCAAUCCUGGACUCUCCCAUCUGUGUAUCCGUGACGACGGUAAAAUCCUGGCCACGGCGGGGUGGGACGGUAACGUGCGGGUCUUCGCCUGGAAGAAGCUGAAACCGCUGGCCGUGCUGCAGCACCACAAAGACCUGGUCCACUGCGUGGCCUUCUCCGACCACCCGGAGCCCUCGAGACGACUGCUGGCGGCAGGUUCCAAGGACCAGCGCAUUAGUUUGUGGUCUAUUUACUCAGAAGGCUGAGUCCCAACGACACGCCUCACCUCUUGGGUUCCAGUUUCUUUCUAUCCGCUGAUUUAUUGCUGACGUUGGAAACCUCGUAGCCCGUGAACCUCGAGGAUUUACCUGCUCCUCAUCAAGUCGCUGAGGAGUCGCCGAGCAUACAAGCAUACAUAAUUUGACCUGUUAGAGGGAGGGACGGUCAGAUGGGGGCUCUUUCUGCGCCCGCUGCAACAUGUGGUCUAUGAGACUGGUCCGGGCAUCUAAACAGGAGGGGGGGUCACACAGGGCUUAGUGUGGCUCUCUAUACUUGAUAUGGCUCUGUGUGGGAAGCUAACACUAACAGGUGAAAAGAAGCGGCCGCAGAUUGGACACGUGUCUGAGAGGGUGUGUUCACAAUCGGGAAUCGCGUUUCAGAUUCCGCUCCACCACCACGUGACUCUCUCA